UGGCUUAAGGGAUUUGCCCACCGACGCACGGCUUUAUUGGAGAGAAGAGGUUGCAAUCAUGGGUGACGGUACGCCAGCGAUGGGCAAGCGCCACAAGAAGACGCACAGCUUGUGCCCCCGAUGCGGCAAGCGCUCGUAUCACCAGCAGAACAAGAAGUGCGCGGCCUGCGGGUACCCGGCGGCCAAGACCCGAUCGUACGAGUGGUCCAAGAAGUCCAAGCGCAGACGCGCCCCGGGCACCGGCCGCAUGAAGUACGUCAAGCACAUUGCCCGGCGCUUCAAGAACAAGUUCCGCGAGGGCACCACGGCGCCGGCGCGGAAGAAGAACGUCAAGGCCGCCUAGACGCCGACCUGCGCCUCUCUACGCGGGGCUGCCCGCCUCUCAUCACGACGUGCUCGGAGC